AUGUCAGCAGGAUUACCACAUUUUACUACUGGUUGGGCCAGAUCAUGGGGCAGAGACACUUUCAUAUCCUUUAAAGGAAUUUAUCUAGAAAAUGGAUUACUGGCUGAAGCAAGAGAGGCUUUAUUAACUUUUGGUUCUUGUUUAAGACAUGGCCUCAUCCCUAACUUAUUGGAUUCAGGCCAUAAUCCAAGAUACAAUUGCAGAGAUGCUUGCUGGUGGUACAUUAAAGCAGUCAAAGAUUACGUGCAAUUUGCAGGAAAGACUGACAUUCUUAAUGAAGAAGUCCAAAUGAUAUUCCUAGAUGAUGAUAUGGAUAAACACUACUAAUUGAAAUCUUAAGGAGUUAUCAUUAAGAAAACUAUUGCAGAAAUUAUUCAAAAGAUCUUUUAGAGUCAUGCUUCUGGAAUUAAAUAUAGAGAAUGGAGAGCAGGAAAUCAAAUAGAUAAUUGCAUGUAAUCAGAAGGAUUCAACAUUUUCAUUGUGUUUGGAUGA